AUGGAGUGGCUCGACGUUGCGAAGGACCUGAAUGCUGGGACGAUCGGAGGCGUCGCGGGCAUCAUCACUGGCCAUCCGUUAGACACGGUCAAAGUCCAGCUGCAGACGAGCCACGACGUGGGUGCUGGAGUGCUCCGUACCCUGCAGCGGGUCGUGCACGCCCAGGGCCUCGUCGGUCUCUACCGCGGACUGCUGUCCCCGAUCCUGAGCAACGCGCCGAUCAACGCCGUGGUCUUUGGCGUGCAGGGCCAAGUCGUCCGUGGGUUGCAACUGCAACACGACCGGCCGCUAUCGAGUGUCGAGCACUUUGUAGCGGGCUCCAGUGCAGGACUCGUGCAGGUUUUGUUUGCGGCGCCUUCGGAGCACGUGAAGAUCCAGGUGCAGACAGGCGCGAUCGGUCAGCACGUGAGUUCGCUUGGGGCUGCAAAGACCAUUUACCAGACACAUGGGAUGGCGAAGCUGUUCAAGGGCUGGCAAGUGUGUCUCCUAAGAGACGUGCCUGCAUUUGGAGCCUACUUUUGUGGCUACGAGGCCACGAAACGAGCGCUGACUGAAGGCGAGAGCUGCAACGAGACGGACGUGAAGCUUAUGGUGGCGGGAGGCAUGGCUGGGAUGCUCUCGUGGGUCGUGAGCAUGCCGCAGGACGUGGUCAAGAGCUGCGUACAGAGUCAGAGUCUCGACGGCAAGCAGAUGGGCAUAACACAGAUGGUCCGGUCGAGACUGCAGCAGGAGGGACCACGGUUCUUUUUCAAGGGCUUUAGUGCAACGAUGCUUCGGGCGUUUCCAGUCAGUGCAGUGACGUUCUUGGUCUAUGAGAAGACGAUGCAGUACAUGUCCUGA